GUAAAGGAGGAGGCCCAGUGAGGAUGCUUUCACCGGCUGUCAUAACCCCGAAAUGGCAACCGACAAAUUUCCAAACGUUUUGGUGUCAUGAAAUUAAUUGAUUUGUGUGGAUGAUGAUAAUGAUGGCGUCCCCGUGUACGGUUCAAGCCGUGCAGGAGUUCCUAAUGGAGCGAGGAGGGAGGGUCCAACAGAUGGAGCUGAUUGAUCACUUCAUGGCGACCGGGGGUGGUGGACGUGACCCGUCGAAGGACGAGGAGGUUUUGAGACGCGUCGUGGACACGCUCGGUGUCGUGGAAGUGGAAAGCGGCGUGAAAUACGUGCGUUUGAGUGAGGACGGAGACACCCACGAGCACGCAACCGAGUGCAACGGGAACGUGCACCGAACACCGGACAACAGCAACCUCGUCAGCAGCAACGGACAGCAAACAGGAGCUACCAGUCCACCUUCUUGCAUUAUGGAUGAUGUCAAGCAGUCCAACAGCUACGACCCACAUGAAGCCCCAUCCCAGACCAACAAGCUCAGCACUACUCCCGCUUCUGUCGGAGCUGCCGUGGAAGUGAAGCUGAGGGAGAGGAGGCGGCGCGAGUCGGCCCCGGUGAUCGGGGUGCCAGAUCUGGACCAUCCUGCCGGCUCCCAAAGCCAGCAGGUCCGAGGGGCCCGUAGGGUGUCCAAAGGGUCCCAGCGGGCGUUGCUGACCAGCUGCCUGUCUGAAGACGGCACCAUAGAAGGCCUGGACCACGGUCUUGAUGUCAACACACCAAAAGGGAGCCGCAGGAACUUCAUUGAGCUGAUGAUGAAUUGUUCUCCUCAGGUUCGACGGUCUCUCAUCAGUCGGGGUCCGCGCCUUCGAGACUCGAUGAGGAGCGACGGCGACUCGGCGUCUCUCCUCUCCUCGGCCACCGACGAGGACUGCGCCUCGGUGACGCUGGACCCGAUGGAGCACGAGUGGAUGCUGUGCGCCUCGGACGGCCUGUGGGAGAGCCUGCAGCCCCUCCUGGCUGUGGAGGCCGGCCUGGUGACCAAGAGAGACUUUGUCACCGGCUUCACUUGCCUCCACUGGGCGGCCAAGCAGGGAAAGGCAAAGCUGCUCUCUCAGCUGCUGACGUUCGCUAAGGGCAACGCCGUGGCCGUCAACGUCAAUGUGAGGUCCGGCGCUGGAUACACACCUCUACACCUGGCAGCCAUGCAUGGGCACAUUCACGUGAUGCGUGUGCUGCUGUCCGACUGGGAGGCGGACCCCGAGGUGAGGGAUUACAGCGGCAGACGAGCCAUUCAGUACCUGCCCGCACCGCUGCCUGCAGACCUGCAGGACCAAGGAGCGCUCACCUCGCCGGGAGCCGAGUCCGAACACGCCAACGUCAGUGGCGGCGGGGCACGUGGCUGGAGGUUUCCUAAAGUACUCCAGGGAGCUCUAAACCCGCUGCGCCUCCUUAGCCCACCAGCCGGGGAUGCCGAGGAGGCGCUCGGGAAUGGGAGGACCAAGGGGGGGAUGCUUAGGAAGUCGUCUCUCAGCAAAUUGAAUGCCCGGCUGCAUCGGGGGCGACAUAGGGCACAGAUUGUACAUAGCGCCUCCUUCAGGGACACGGGUGAAGUAGGGAGAGGCGAUGAGCUUGCCAGCAGCACCCCACAGCGAACACGACCCCUCUCCAACCUGUUUGGAUGAAGCCGCUCUAAAGCUCCUAGUAAUUGAUUGAUCUAGUAAUUGAUGAGUUUAUAUUAUAGGAUUUUUAUAACUUCAAUUUAUUAUAUAUUGUACAGCCAAGCCUUUUUAAAGUUUUUAAGUAACUGACUGACCCUGCUUUUCCAGGAAAUGCAUUAGAUUUUUAUUCUUAUUGUUCAAACCUUCAAUAACGGACUAACUUAUUUAGUUUUUUUUUUAAUUUAUUUUAUUAUUUUGGGAUACACUAUCUGAUUA